CGGGCAAGCCUGUAGGGGGCGCACUGGAGGGCCAACAACUUGCACGGAGGAUUCCCGUCCCCACGAGAGGAAGGCGACUCGCCCUGGGCAGUUAAUUCUGCGCCCCCCACCCCAACCCCCCGGGAGACUGACUUUCCCUUUACUGCUGCUGGCAUCUGUGCACCGCUGCAAGCUACGUCGAAAAUGAGGGAACACCAAAGGAAGCAAAAAGUCAGCAUUAGAAUGACUGGCACCAUGGGUAAACGGCUUAUGUGGAGUGCACAACUUACAAGUGAGGAAAAGCCUUCAAAAGAUCAUGAAAAACCCAAGUCACUUGUUGCCUUCAGUCAAAACUUGGAAGCAAAAGAAAGGAGAGAUCUUGGCAUUCAGUGGGAUUUAGAUGUGCAGCCUCUCCUUUCUUCUGCUAAAUGGCUUCAGAUACAUGGGCUCAAGAGAAACAACUUGACUUAUUCUCAGAUUUUGUCCCAGAUCGGAUUUCAGCAGAAAGAAGAUUAUGUGCCUGUUUUGGGGAAGUUUGUAGCUUCCAGAUAUGCGAAUGAGUUGUAUCGUCAAUUCAAGACGGGACCAAAUGGCAAGGUGUAUAAACUGACAGCCAAUAAAGAUCUGCUUUAUCAUUUUGUGGAUUGCCUUACUGGAGCUAUUGAACUAUACAAACAAAGAAUGGAAUGGCUAACCACAGAAAGUCGACAAAUAUUUGGAGUGAUUCAGGAACAAAGUAUCACCAUAGUUCUGGAUUUUGGUGCUGUUUCUCAAGCGGAAUUUGCUCUGUGCCGAGAAGCACUUUCUAUGGUCUUCAAACAGCAGGUGGCUCAAAUAGCCAAAUUUAACCUCAUUUGGGGAGCUCAAGAUCUCAUGAAAUGGCAGGAGAAAGCUGUUCCUGUGACGGAGGACUCCAUAGAAGCUGCCAUCGAGUGGCUGUGGGGGAUGGACCAUGGGUCAGCUGUUUGCCACACUGGCCCCACAGAAGCUAUCUUGGAGGCCUUGUUUGAUGAGACGACAGAAGCUGUGUACUAUUUUGUUGUGGGUGACAUGCCAGAAUGCUUGAAGCACUUGCUCCUACAGAAGAUCUCAAGAAGCCCAUGUCCUGUCCACUCUGUCUCUUUUAAUGCUAGGGAAGAAGAAACAAUAAAUUUCUUAAAGGAACUGAGCCAAGUGACCAGUGGCAGAUUCCAUGCGUUUGCUGAGAGAACUGACUAUGUAGACAUGGUGGAUCCUUCAGUAACUGAUGAAGAGGAGAAACAUUUACCUACCCAGAACUCAAGAAAACUGAAAGGAAAUCUGCCUUUAGGAACAGGCGUCAGAGAAGAUGUCUACCUGAUUUGGAAGGAGCUAGAGGAAGCCAGGAACACAUUGAUACAAGUUCAGAGAAUUCUGAUAGAGUUUGAACAAUCUGAAUCUGUUCCAGCCACCAAAACCAACUAUUCAGGAUGUGUGCCAAAUACGAAGGAUUAUGUGAAUUCCAAGGAAUGGCUGCAGAAGAACGGAUUAAAAGCACAGAAGCUGACCAUCUCCAAAGCAUUUGGUGAUUGCUCGUUUCGUCACGCAGAUGGGAUUGUGGACAUAAAAACCAAGCCACAGGAUGAAUCUUUCCAAACUGAUGCUGAAUCCAACAAGAAGAUAAUCCAUGCUAAAUACUGUGACAAAUUUUUACAUACAGUUUUGGAAGAUGGGUCUAUAAUCCAUAUAUAUUUGGAAGAUGGUAGAUGCAAACAGUAUGAAGGGCGAAUGAAGAGUGCUCUUGACCAAAUGGAAAGAAGACUUCAGGAACUGAAGAAAGGCAGCCGAGCGCUCUUUGGGGAAAUCACAGAAGACUGUAUCUAUAUUCUCAUUGAUACCUCUCAGUCUAUGAAAGACAAACUGCCUGUGGUAAAACAGAAAAUACUUCAGCUCUUGCGAGAACAACUACAGCAUAAGGCCAAAUUUAAUCUUGUCAGAUUUGACGGUGAGGUGGUAUCUUGGAAAGAGAAACUUGCUAAAGUUAAUGAAUGUAAUUUGGAGGACGCCUUAAUUUGGGUAAAUGAACUGGAGGUUGGAAGUUCCACAGACACUCUGAAAGCACUUCAGAUUGCCUUUUCUGAUACUGAGACUCAAGCCAUUUACCUUCUUACUGAUGGGAGGCCUGAUCAGCCCCCUAAUAGAAUUUUAGCCCAGCUUGAUUUUCAGCAGAAUAUUCCAAUUCACACUAUUUCCUUUAACUGUGAUGAUACCGGAGCGAAUAAAUUCUUACAUGAGCUGGCCAGUAAGACAGGUGGACGGUUUCAUUACUACCACAUUUGUCUGAGAGAGCCUGAUGCUCCAAAACCUUUUGAGUGUGAGGAUAUAUAUCUGCUUAGAAAAGAGAUUGAAAAAGGAGAAAAGGAGCUGAAGAAAAUACAGACAUUUCACACUGACAAUGUAUUGACGGACUUGUUUGAUGGAGCAAAAGAACUUCACGAUAAACAUCGCAGACAGGCUUUCAUUGUAGUCCCACAAGUUGAGGGGCUGAAUCCCCCAUCUCCCGAUAGGCCAUACUGUGCCUCUGAAGAACCUGCAUCAGCUUCACCACAGCUUGGUAUGGAUGGAUGUCAGGCACGAUCUGAAAGCCCAACCAGAAAGAAGACAGUUUUAUAUGCAGAACAAACAAAGAGUAGCAUGCUUAGAACUUUGCGGUAUGCAGCAAAACCUUCUGAACAAAGUCAAAAUGGAAGAGGUUCACCUGAAAGAAAAGAGCAGAAGACACAAAAAGAUGACAAAAAGAUCGAUAAAGGCCUUUUAGAUAUCUCUUCAGCUCAUUGGCUAAAGACUUAUGGAUUAGUUGCUAGGCGACUCACUAUAAUGGAUGCCUUAGCUCCAACAGCUGUUCCGCGUACAACGAAAUACAUUCCAAUUCUAGACAAGCAUGUUGUCUCAAAAGUAUUUGAUGAUGUUCUCCCUUUUGCUCAUGUGAGCAAUGAUAAGAAAUUUGUCACGCUGAUUAAUCCUCAGGCAGUGGAUCUCGAUGCCUAUAAGAAGAAGCUGAAAGAAGCAAUAAAAAUAUAUGAAAGGCGCCUGGAUCAAAUUAUUUGGAGAGCAUUACCUGAAGAGGAUAAAGAGAAAUUUGGACAGGAUCAGCCAGUAUCAUAUGUGGAACAUAAGGAAUCUUUGCUAGAAGUUUUAGAAAAUGCAGGUUGGCCCGUUGCCUACGAGGAUGUGAUGUUAUUGGAAGAUGAGAUUUUGAUGGGACUAACAUACCUACAACAGGCCAUUGAACUUCAGCAAGCCUCUAGAGAGGAACCCCAGAGAAUCUGCCCACUUCGGAUCAGUCCCCCUAAAGAGAAAUGUCCAUCGAAGUUGCAGGCAAAGAAACAGCAGAAAGGAAAAACGUUUGAUGCUCUCAAAGGCCGAAAGGUCAUUGCAAGAUCGGAAAGCACUGGAUUUUACUACCCAGGAACAGUAAUAAGAAGCAUCACUCCUUUUUAUGCCCUUGUGGAUUUUGUAAAUGGACACUCGGAAAUUGUACCCUUGAAGUUCCUUAUGCCUGUGGGGGGUGCAAUGCCUUGUCCGUCUUUGCAGGUUGGAGACUAUGUAUUUGUCAGAAUAAGGAAACAGUUUGGGGAAGAAUUUUAUGUGCCUGGUAUUGUCGUAGCAACACCACAUAAAACUGAUUUAGAUGAUAAACUCUACACCAUUUUGAAAUACAACAACAAAAAGGAACACUGUGUACGAAAUGGGCUUAUUAAAAUCAGUCAUAGAAGGUAUACGUGUUCUUGUUGCUACAUAAACAUGACGCGGAUGAUGGAAUACCUCAUACCAAAUGUAAAGGUUCUGAAGCACUUCCACAAAGCACUCCCUGCCAAUGAGAAAGAGAGAAAAACUAUUGCUGUGGGAGGGGACUGGAAGAAAAGGAACAGAAAAAGAAGCUUGAGGAGCAAGAAAGAGCUUCCUUACAAAGCAUGGGAGUCAUCUGAUUCUGAGGAGGUGCUGUUUGUCCCUAGAAGGACAAUGAAACAGAGAGAAAAUAGUUCAUCGCCACCCCCUCGUUCUAAAGAAGGCACCGAAGUGCCUGCUUACUGUGGUCCUCCGUGCCGAAGUUCUUCUAGAGGUAGAAAGCAGCGGCUUUCUUCACAUGGUUCUGAGCACAGGCUACCUAAGAAUCGGCGUGGCUCUCGCUGCCUUUCUGCACGCCAAAACAGUGUCUCUCAACCGGUUAGCCACACUUUCAGCAGCAGUAGCAGCAGCAGCAGCCACAGCAACAGCUCCCUUUCAAGCAUUGAGAAGGUGGAAGAGCUGGCCAAACGGCUCCAGCGGUACCACAUAGCGCAAAGGAAAGCUCGCCCUUCCAGCUGCAAAUAAAGAACACUGCAAGUUGUACAUAAGGAGUGGAGAGUGGUCACCCCUUACAAAACUGUAUUAUA